UAGCUUUGCAUUUGCCAAAAUUGAACCUUUUGGACCUUUUGAAUUUAGUAUUAUUAUUGCUCUCCCUGGUCAAUCGUACUUACGAAUGGUAUGGUGUUAUGUGGUAGUCUGAAAAAUAUUUAGAAUCUGGUGUCAGUGAACUCCUGACAGCGUUUAAGGAGUAAACAGUAUUUAUGUAGCCCCGUGGGCGCACAAAUCUUGGCGAAAAAAUAUGAAAAAAUAAUUUGUGUUGUUCUUCACAAGUUAGUAGAAUGGUUUAGGUAUGUGCCGGAAAUGCGUGCGUCGUUUACUUAAAGCAAGCUUUCAGAAAAUACGUGAAGUAGGUCAUGAUUUUAUGUACCUUGAGUACCUGAUACCUGAAAACUGGCCGUCUAAGCAAGGUAGCAGCCAUCGAAGUAAUAAUGACGAGUUCAUUAUGAAGGAAAUGGUCGGAGGAUGCUGUGUAUGCUCUGACGAGCGGGGUUGGCCGGACAACCCUUUGGUCUACUGCGAUGGAAAUGGAUGCACUGUUGCCGUACACCAAGCUUGCUAUGGAAUUGUUACAGUACCAACUGGUCCUUGGUACUGCCGAAAAUGUGAGAGUCCUGACACAAAGGGAAAAGUUAGAUGUGAGCUUUGCCCAUCAAAAUCGGGCGCAUUAAAACGGACAGACACAGGUGGAUGGGCGCACGUUGUAUGCGCCCUCUACAUACCAGAAGUACGAUUUGGAAAUGUUACUUCUAUGGAACCUAUUGUUCUCAGACUCAUACCACCUGAGCGUUACAACAAGACAUGCUACAUUUGCCAUGAUCUGGGCAAGUCUCAUAGGGCAACUGCAGGCGCUUGUAUGCAAUGCAACAAAUCAGGAUGUAAACAGCAAUUUCACGUGACUUGCGCCCAAAGUUUGGGCUUCCUAUGUGAAGAAGCAGGCAACUAUCUCGACAACGUCAAGUACUGCGGCUACUGCCAACACCACUACAGCAAAUUGUUUACCAAUCACGAUGUCACCGUCGUCGCAAAGAAAAAGGGUGGCAAUGUGAAGACUAUUCCGCCGUACAAGCCAGUCCCUCAUGACAGUCACUCGAGUGACUCGAGCUGCGAAAAGGAGGGCGGUAACUCUCCUGUGACCACCGGAAGUGUCACGCCAACACAUGCUGGCAAAUCUAAAGGGCCCGGACGCAAAUCGUCGCACGCUAGUGGCUCAGGUUCUGGCAAAAACGCUCCUUCAACAUCGAAGGCUUCGACUAGCACCGUUCAGCCUAUGGAAACGGACCCGCCUGAAGCUCCACCGGUAUCGCGUAAACACAAAAGCGGAGACAAAAGCGGAAAAUCUCAUCACUCGUCAGACAAAAAGAAGCCGUCGCCUUCACGGCGUGGCUCGUCAGCCGGUGACGCAGGCGGUUCUGGAAGCAAAUCGAGCACCCCGGCGCCGUCACCUCAACACUCUGCAGAAACAUCGCAAACUCAAAGCGCUAAAGCGGGUGGUUCGACCCCUAAAGCACCGCCGCCGCCAGCCUCGCCGAGCGGUUCCAAGCCUCCCGAACCAGUGGGAGUCAUAAGCUCGGUAGCGUCUGCUACUGCGACCCCCGUGUCCACAAUUACUGCUCCAGCUAGUGCUGCGGUAUCGACGUCUGUGGUACAAAUACCUCUGCCGAAGCCGACUUACCAAGAGACAGUAAUCACGAACACUGAAGCGAUGGAAACGAAACAAACGAAAAAGCGUAAAGCUGUAGCGAGCGCUGCAGCUGCUGCCGCCGCAGCCGCCGCCGCCGCGGCCGCUGCCAAUGCGGCUCUAGACUACGGACCGAGUACUUCAUCAGCCAUGUUGGAUGCUAACGGUAACAUACCGGGCGGCUGUAAUUGGGAGGCGGGGCCCUCGUGUUCUUCAGAAAUGCAAGAACAUGAAAAGUACAUCAAAAAGGCUAAGACGGAUCAUCCCGAGCCUCUGAACAUGCAGAGCCACUACAACCCGAUUGCACCACCACCACCGCCUCCGCCACCAGCCCACAGCCCUGCUUCUCAACCGAGCCCUAGGUACCAUCACAGACACCUGCCGAGCCCAAUGCCUGGCCCGAGCGGUCUGAAUCCUGUAUCGACUAUACGAUCGCCUUCACAGCCUCAGGGCGGGAAGGCCGACCGUGACGGACCAACGUCGCUCCUCGUGUCGGUGCCGUUACCCUCCACGAGCCAUGGACUGAACCUCUCCGCACACCCACAGGUUUCGGUUCAAUCUGAAAUUCCUGGUCCAUCGCAGCAUAUUUUCCAUCAGCCACAACCACAAAAGCCAACUUCUAUGGAACAGCCUGGCGUCUCAGGGCAUUCACCGCAUACCGUUCCUGGUCGCUCUUCUUGGGGUGGUCUGAACGUUGCCUACGAAAUGCAGCAAGAUCCAAAUAAACCAGGUGUCAGUGGGAUGGCCAGUACUAGCAAAGACAAUAUGGGCCCGGUUCCCAUAUGCCCGAUGCCGCCGGCUAUCAGGAACAAGAAACGAGCAGCGAUGGCGUCUGUCGUCAACAUGGCGCCGGCUCCUAUGCUUCCUGGUCCUUCCGGUCCUCCAUGUCCACCAGGACCGUCUGCAAUACAAACUUCGGGUACACAAUCAUUGGCUAAUGUACGCCGUCAACCGCAGCAGACCCCGCCUCCGAUAUACCAGGAAACUAUCAAAGAUUCACCUCCAAGCUCGCCAGGUACAGAACGCGCCAUGAAACCGAAAAUGGAAACAAAGAUUGGCCCGAGUUGUACAGCGCCGCACAUGCUCGGCAACGAAUUGAAUCCGGAAAGUGGGGCUGCGGCCCGGCUUCAAGAGCAACUGAGCGCCGAGCUGGCCGCACAUGCCGCCGGGAGCGGUGGUCCAGACCCACUGAUUCCGCCACCGCUCAUCAACAAGGCCGGAACAGGUGCUGGAGGCCCAGCGGGACGUAGUUCUUCGAGUGCUCAGAGCCUCGAUCAGCUGCUCGAGCGUCAGUGGGAGCAGGGAUCGCAGUUUUUAAUGGAGCAAGCCCAGCACUUCGAUAUAGCAUCACUACUCUCAUGCCUGCACCAGCUCCGCACGGAGAACGUGCGUCUGGAGGAGCAUGUGGGUAGUCUGCUACAGCGUCGUGACCAUCUGCUUGCAGUGAACGCUCGUCUCGCGAUACCUCUCACCGCCAUGUCUGCGGGUCCCCCCGAACCACCAAGAUGCGCCCGGGACAGCGGGUCCCAGAUGCGCGGCCCGCCACCGCCUGUACGCGCCACCGAGACCAUCACCUCUGACCGGUCCCACCAGCUUAUGAUGCGUGAUAUGCAACAAAAGCCCAGCUGAAAGGAGAGGGGUGGCGGCGGAGGGGGCGUGCCUCAGCCCGGCCCUUCCGCGGGCGACCCUCAAGCCCUGCGCGCCGUACAAUCAUUCAUCUUCACUGAGCAACGCCGCAGGGCAGACUUCUCCAUCGAUGCUAUACUCAAGUUCGAUCAUUAGACGAUAUUAUCUCGUUAUCAUACACGAGGACGUUUAUUUAGAUUACAUUAUAAUUGGUGACGUAACUCCGUAGAACCUUUUAAAAAGUUAAUUAAUUGUGAGACAUUUCUAGAAUGUGAUCCAUAUAUUGAAUUCUGACAUUUAAUAAAGUUCCUCCCGAACAAUUGAAUAACCCCGUUGUUAGCAUCGAUUAGGUUGUAGGUUGUCGCGUACAUUGCGUCAUUGUAGUGAUUAAUGUGAUGACUGGCCUAAAGGUCUGUGAUCUAUUUGUAUAUGUGGUUAAUAAAGAAAAUAAAAUAAAAAAACUUUCAGCUGAGAUUCUAAGCGAAUUUUGAUCGAGACUAUGUCGUAAAAUAUUGAGAAGAUAACUUCACCAAGAACUACCGGAUCGGACGACUACUCUAUAUUGACGUUCACUGGAUUGAUAUUUCGCCUGCACGGCGCGAACCUGAAAAUGACCUCAAAGGCAAUGGCAUAUUAUUUGUCUAAUGUCUCUCGAACGUUGAGAAGAAACAAGGAAGGAGCCUCGCUUUUGAAAGCCAAGAAUUUUAAUGUCGAUGUGGACAUGGGAAAAAUCGCCGAAAAUAAAAAGCAAAUGAUGCCACGUUAAUGAUUCUGGUGAUUUUGAAUGAGAUACGCAUCAUAACAGUGUUCGAGCCGCAUCGAACGUUAUGGAAGGAAGGAAAUACCAUCCUGAAGGCGUCGGAGAAAUAUAAUCGUUUUACGAUGAGAUCAAUUAUUUUGUCUUUUUCUCUUAUCGCUUUUUGAUAAGAGCUUUUUGAUCUCAUUGCAAAAUGUUUUUGUUUUGUAAUUAUAACACACUUAUAAACUAUUUUAAACGUACUACUAUACAAUAUAAUUGUUUUAUAUAAAAAAAAAAUUAAAUUGUCAUCUAUCCAGUAUGCAUUAAUUUCAACAGUUUGCAUUAAUUUUGAGAAUUAGUAGAAUUAGUUUUGAUUCCCAUGUGAAUUGUGUCAUUUUAAGUGGCUAUUUUAUUAUUUUGUCUAUAUUUAUAUACCAUUUUGGUUAACUGUUUUAUUACUUUGUCUAUAUUUCCAUACAGGAUCUCAUUUAAUAUGUACUAAAGCCAAAAAAAAAAAACAAAGUAUGCUAUUAUGAACAGAAGAAGUUAAUAAAAACUCACAAAGCUUUGUGCAAUAUGUAUUACAUUAUUGUAAUUAAUGUGUGUAAUAAUAAUUCAACAAUUCGAAUAUUCAUCGCACUUUGAACUAUUCAUAUUGUUUCCUAAUUUAAUAUUUUGAAUAUAUUUUUCUAACAUAAAAUUGUUUAAAAUUACAUUACAUUUACAUAAUACAUUACAUAAUAAAUGAGACCCUGUAUUUGUUUAUAUAAACCAUUUAAAGCAUAAUUUUAAUAUUAUUUUAAUAUUAUACUACUAUACAAUUGUUAUAAUUAAGUUAAUUAUUCUUUUAAUGAAAGUAUGUGAUUAGUGUUUUAAGUUCAUGUAUCAGUUUGAGCGUUGGUGUGUUGCAAGUACGGAUCGUACAACCAUUUAAUUUGUUUUUAUUUGUUUUAAUACGAGCGUAAUUAUUUAUUAACAUUCAAUUGAAUUUUAGCUGUAUAUUAUGUUUUAUAAUCGAUUCUGCAAUUUUUAAGAAUUCUGUAUUGCGAAAACUCGUAACGAAUAAUUUAAAUUCAAAUAUUUUUAUCGAGUAGAUCUUAAUUUAGCCUCCAAACAUAAUAAUCAAGUAGACAAUAGUUCUUAAAUUAUUGUGUUUUUAAUACUGUUGGUCGUUUCCGUAGGGCUGCCUCCAAACGGGCCACAUUUUCAUGGAAAUAUGUAGCGAUAAUAAAGUCAACAAUUGCAAUAUCUCGUACCCGGCUAUACGUUCAAAUGAUUUUAGUACUUAGUUUUGUCUUAAAACCACAAUUAAUCAACAAAACCUAAAGCGUACAAUUUUAAAAAUGAGGACAUUACAAGCAUUUUACGUUGAUGUUAACCAAAUAACGCCAUUAUUUUAAUCAAAGAAGGCAGCUUUCAAGACAGUCAUCAAAAAAAUAUCAACAUUCGUUCAGGCAGGACUGAGAAUCUCGCCUUAUAAAUGCGAAAUUAUUUUAAUACAGGCAGUAGCUUUAAUUUCUUAUCAGUCAGUCAGUGUAUGUUUCGCAUCAGCCAAUUGUGGUAGUUGUGCGGGACAAAAAAAAACCUUAGUGCAAUAUAAGCCAAGUUUCAUUUUUAUUAAAUUUUUGUUGUUCGUUUUACUUCUUACAUCAACUUUUGUACGUUUUACUUCUUGUCUAACUCUUCGUUCGUUUUCUUCUAUCUCUUUAGCUCUUUCUAACGCUAAUUGUUACGCGUCCUUGCGUUACGUUACGCUCUUUUUCUUCUAUCUCGUUAGCUCUUUCUAACGCUAAUUGUUACGCGUCCUUGCGUUACGUUAAUCUCUUUUUCUUCUAUCUCGUUAGCUCUUUCUAACGCUAAUUGUUACGCGUCCUUGCGUUACGUUACUCUCUUUUUCUUCUAUCUCGUUAGCUCUUUCUAACGCUAAUUGUUACGCGUCCUUGCGUUACGUUACUCUCUUUUUCUUCUAUCUCGUUAGCUCUUUCUAACGCUAAUUGUUACGCGUCCUUGCGUUACGUUACUCUCUUUUUCUUCUAUCUCGUUAGCUCUUUCUAACGCUAAUUGUGAUGCGUCCUUGCGUUACGUUACUCUCUUUUUUCUUUUCCUCGUCUGUUCAUCUUUGAGCUUUAAGAUUGAAUCGUCGUUCCAUCUACACGAUGUUAGAUCUACGCAAUUUGGUAAGCCAACAUAUUGGAAUCAAUAUUGACCAUGUGUUGGCUAGGAUGGACGAUAUUAUGCAGUAUGAGUUAUAAUAGUAGAGAUUGCACCGGACAUUCGUUUUAUGUCGGUUAUGCUACCAGCCGCCAAUAUUGAAGUAAAAAUGUGGCCUAUUUUAUUUAGAAGCACCUUAGGUGUCUGAGUUAGAGAACAUUAAAAAAAAUCAACAUUCAUGAUUUUUUUUCUUAAAUAUUGCAUUCAAGUAGAACAAAUUAAGUUUUACGUAAUACUUUUUAUUUUGAAUUAGUGUUACCAUCUGUGAAAUCUUUCAUAUUAUUGAUGAAAGGUAGUUAGAAAUGGAAGUUAGUUACAACCGUGACGUCACAGGAACAGGUUAGCAUAAUGCAUCAGUAGUGCGAUUUUCAAGUAAAACGAAGAACUUACUAGAGAUGUCAAAGAGCUAAUAAUGUUUAUGUGACGUAGAAAUUUCCAGCAAAAUGUAAUUUGUUGAGGUUUAUCGACAAGUUAUAAAAAAGUUUAUAUCCUGGGUUGGGGAGGUUCCAGCGCCUCAUGGGGCGUUUUAAAAAAAACGCAUGGGAUUAUAAGACCUAUGUCCAGCGGUGGGGGAUCGCGCAAAUAGAUUUAAGCGUCACCGUUCUAUUUGCGCUUUAAAGUUGCCGUGUCAACGACGCAAUGUUAUGUUCAGAUUUAUUUUGUGCAAUAGAAUAAAGUGAUGUUUUAUUCAGUUGAAUUGCGAAUACGCAAUCUGACACGGCAACAUUUUUUUAAUGCACACCAUUAUGAGUUCUCAUGCUGGCUGGCUUAACGUAAUUUUAAUCUUCAAUGUUCGUAAUAUUCAAGGUAUCUGUGUUUUUGAAUUUAUUGUGAAAUAGGUAGUAUGUGUACCUUAGUAGGAACUGCAUGUGUAUCUAUCUAUAUAUCGAUAUUUAUAUAUUUAUAAAUAUAUAUUUCAUCGCUUUUGACUGCUUCUUAAAACAUACAGCAUAUUUAUUUAGGUACGUUGCAAAUGGCGACGGGUGUUUCCUAGGCACCUUAGUUUAUCUUAACAGAUUACGUAAAACGAGUCCAUCCAAAGGAGACUUUGAUUGGGAGAAUUUAACUAGGAAGUUUCAUAACUUUUAUUUAAUUUAAAUAAUCAAUAUGUUUGCUAUAUAACAAUGACAUAUUGGGCCGUACAUUAAUACGGUUAAAUAAAACAAAAACCCUUUUUGGUAUUUCAUCAUAAAUUCGCAUAAUAUAAACUUUUUACAAUUGUAAUUUUAACGGGUAGACUUGUCAAAGAUAAACUUGUAUUUUUAAAUAAAACGCACGGUCUGUUUAGUUCAAGCAAUAAAUCAUACCAUAAUCGGAAGAAUCACAAUUACAAGUUGACUUUAAACAUCGCGCGAGACGAGACUAGGAUAAGGACUAAUGUUUUAAUAUUACGAAAGAAACACAAACGGCGCGAUAUAAAACGUAAACUUGAGGCAAUACUUGCAUAAUAUUAGACUUAGUUUAGGAAUUUGUUUGAACUAAACGAUUCAGGCGGUUUGACUUAGGUUAUAAUUUUUUAAAGUUCCUGUUGGCGGCGUGUGGAAUGCUCCCUAAUCUCACUUUUUGGAUGGCCGCAUUAUAACACACACACCGUAAACGGGUUCGACUGCCGUAAACGAUUUUAAUUACGUUCGCUUAAUUGUUUUUUUAUUUAUUGUUUUCUUUGGACCUUCUACUUUUGAUGAGUAAACCGAGCGAUUCCACGUUUAAAAGUUGGAUGUGAACUGUCAAAUACCAAAGAUUGUGUGAACAUAUAUUUUACUGUGACUGAAUUCGGUAUGCAGAUAAGACAUGGAACAUCCGAAAGGGAGAGUGACUUUAAAAAAAAGAUUAAGAGCCGGUUCUCUUUUUAGUCGCACAACGUCUUAUUUUCUUUUAAAUAGACCCAAUCGAAUUGCGAUUGGCGUUCGCUGAAGCGAAUCUCGCGAAUUUUAAACGUUUAUUGACGUUUACAUUGGCAUCUAGAACUAUACCUAGCCGUAUUGAGUAUUUAAAUUCAACUAAUUUUAAAUUUAAAUGUUUUCGUUGUAAACACCGGGACUAGUGUAUAAACAGGAUAGCAUGCGUUGUGUAACGUAUCGAAGGUUCGUCACGUUUCUGAAUGUUUGUUUGUUAACGAUGUGAAACUUUGUUAUUGUCAGACGUAAGGAAAAUAUCUGUGAUUGGUACUCUUAACGCUGUGGUGUAAUUGUUGGCAGUAAAUUUGAGAGUCGAGAUGUUAUAAAAAACGGGAUGUUGCUACUGUUACGAUUAAAAAUAAUCAACCACUAAAUAAAUUGGGACCGGUUAUUCUGGGCUUUGAGAGAGAUCAAGGUGCCAAUCUUACUGGUGGUAGGACCUCUUGUGAGUCCGCGCGGGUGGGUACCACCACCCUGCCUAUUUCUGCCGUGAAGCAGUAAUGCGUUUCGGUUUGAAGGGUGGGGCAGCCGUCGUUACUAUACUUGAGACCUUAGAACUUGUAUCUCAAGGUGGGUGGCGCAUUUACGUUGUGGAUGUCUAUGGGCUCCAGUAACCACUUAACAUCAGGUGGGCUGUGAGCUCGUCCACCCAUCUAAGCAAUAAAAAAAAAAAAAAAAAAAAAAAAAAAAAAAAAAAAAAAAAAUCACGGGGGUGCAGGUUAAGAAAGGCUGAGAGGUAAGAGAGGUUCAGGGUCCACUAUGUAAUCAGUUGGUUCGAACGACGAGGGUAGAAUGUGAAACAUUGUACGUGCUUAACGUUUUGUAGGUCUUGGAUAAGUUUCAGUUGGAUCUCUCGUUGUUUAACAUCUGAUUUCCCAUUGACGAUGGCAGCCGCUCGUUUACAUUAUUCCGAACGAUCUGCGUGGGUUUCGUAGGGCCUUGACGCUAUUUAAAUAAAUCUUCUAUUACGUUUAAUUUUUAUUAUUUAAUAUCUUCAAGCGCAAAUUGCUGCGCUUCCGACGAUACAAGCAUGGUCGUGAAACACUAGUACGUGUAUUGACGUGUCGUUGGUUUUGGUCUGUUUCAGUAUGUCAGCUUCGUAUCGUUGGGAGGGCUUGCCAGGCGUGCUUAACUAUUUCCGAGCUUACGUUUGAAUACUUGUGGCACGCCAACGGCAAUGCUCGAUAGUGAAACGCUCGUACGUGCUUAACGUGUCGUAGGUCUGGUUAGUUUCAGGUGGCAAGCCUUGCCGGCAUUCUGAGGUAUUGUUUGGUCUGCCUACAAGUAUCGAAAUGUAAGUUCCCUUCGCGUCAAUAUGAUUCCGGAAAUGAUAUAAGACACGGGAAUGCUUAACAUCGUUGGUUUGAUUGCACCGUCUUAUAUUCAUACAGAAUCAUUCUUUAACGUCUUUGUAAGUGUAAUUUGUACAACGAACGAUGGUUAUAACGAAGAUGAGGUUAACAUUCGGUAAAGGUAAUUGAAAUGAAACCAUCGUUAGGACCGUAGCUACGUCCUGCGUGUCGCUCUGAAUUUCGAAGAACCUCUAACAAGCUAAUGAUGUAAUCAAAAGCUCUAACAUCGACAGACGCUGAUUGUGAAACACUAGUACGUGUACUGACGUUGAUGAAUGCCAUGGUCCGUUUCAGGUGAUAGCCGAUUUCGUUAUUGGAGCUGUUACACGCGCGCUUUUUGCUUGAGUAAAUACGAUUGCCCAUCGCAAUGGCCGUGGAUUCUGGGCAAAUAGGAAACGUUCCGUCAAACACGUCUGACAAUAAUAAAAAAAAUUGCUACGUCUUACAACACGUUAAAUUCGAUUAAAACUGCGUGCUUACAAUGAAAACAACUAAUUUAUUAUGGUCCGGUACUGUCGUUUAUUUUAAACCUUACCAAUGGUUUACGGUGGUCAUAAAGUGACCCAAUAACGUUAUAAGCGAUCUUCGUGUCUAAAGUACGUGUUUGUUUUCCCUACCCGGUUAACAAUGUAAGCUUAUACGAUAUUCGGGUCGCAAUAUAACGUCAAAUAAGUAUUUACUACUUUAGUAGUAUAAUAUGUAAUACGUAGAUGAUAUGCUUGUAAACUAAUGUAAUUUACAAGUGGAUCACAAACGGCGGAUUGUACUAGUUUGAGUUCUCUGUUCUCUCGACCAAUCUGUAAAGAACUGGAUAUUAAGUAUUUGAAUUUUCUCUCGAAAUGGUUAAAAUGAACAUCGUUUAGAUUUGAAAAAAUGGAAUAAGUUGUUGAGAAGAAAAGGAAAAUACGUUAGAAAUAGGUUAGAAACGAUUGAGUCGUGAUCGCAGCAGAAGUCAAUUUAUAUCUAGUGCAAUCAGUUGUAUUUCUAAGAAUUUCUGUAAAUUUCUCCUGAUCUCGAACAGGAAGUACUUUAGGGAUGCUCAAAGUUUUUACAUUUUAAUUGCAAAAUUCCAAAGCGGGUAUCUCUUAGCGAACCCGUGGUUAUUUUAUUCAUUAUUUUAUGUUACAACGAAAGGGUAAAACGCUUUUCACUUAAUUAAAUGUUGGCCAAAAUUGGUGCUAUAAAGAAACUUGCUAAACAUCGGUACGGUGUUCAAUGAUUGUAAACGAGUUUAGAAUCAAAAAUUGGGGAACAGGGUAUUGGAAGUUAGCAUAGCGGGGGGGAAAGGAAUGGAGUAAGUUUCUAAUAAAAACGCCAGUUUUUUAUCUGCCAAAACUAUUUUAAUACUUCUCUACUCUAUAUACUCGACUUCAAUUUUCAUACUUGUAACACUUGAAAGAUUGAUGUUUUUUAUUUUAUUUUUCAAAAAAUCCUUCAUGUUUGACCAAGAAUAAAAAAAUCUUUUUAACUAUGUACUGAACAUUUUCAGAAUUGCCAACAUUUAUAAGUGAGGAGGCGUGAAACCUUUGACCUAAUUCAUUUUAAAUAUAACUAACGUGGACCUAUACUAUACCACAUUACUUUUAAUAUUCGAUGUUAUAUUUAACUUUAGUAUUUAAGUAUCAAUGGUGUAUAUUACCAUUUAAAUGUAAGCACAGACUGGCAAACAAAGGCUCAAGUAAAACUGGUGUUAUAAUAUCCCCGAAUACACACGAAGAUCUUACAUGAAAAGAAUCCAUAAAGUUUAACAACAAUUUUAAAAAAAUUUAAGAGCGUAAUAGCCGUAUCGUUACAAUAUUCACUUUUCAACUUUGAAUCAACAGUCAUGACAUUAUUUGAAAACGAGAUAGAUCCCACGCUAUAAAAUUAAAGUUGUUCAAACUGAUAAGAUCCUACUGGCACUGCGUUAUGGAGCUCGGAGCGUUUAUUUCUGCAUCCUUUGCUGCAUAAUAACCUUAUUCAAUGAGUUCAAAUGCACUUAAGUCUCGUGAAAAGGAAGGCAAAACGCUCUGAGUAAUAGACGGGGUCACCAAGUCUUGCUGACUGAUUGUGUUUAGAAUUAAUGUCUAUUUAAUAAUCAAUUGUGUAAUGGAUGUCAAUCGAUGUUUUGUUCUCUCUGAAAUAAAUGUCCUUUGAUUGGAA